AUGCACGUCAAGGACUCCAAUGGUAUUCUGUGGUUUGAACUUCAGCGAGAACUGGAGAGCAUCUACUACCAGAGGAUCGACUUCGUGGAUGUCCAGAUGUACCACCCGUUCGCCUGGGGGUUUCCAGACUCCUCCAAGAUCGUAACGCCCAACCCGGGUGAGCCGAUCGAUCCGUUCCAUGGCUGGUGUGCCAGAAAGAGCAUGGACAGCGUGACAGAGAUGGAGGAUGUGGAUUUUCUCUACACCCUCCGUCUGCGCUGUUUCCCCGAAAGCACAUUUCAGGCACUUUCGCUCGGAAAGAUCCCUGCGUUCAUACAGCAGUAUAUCGACAUCCACAAGGACACCCUCUCCGAUGUUGAGGACGAGGAGGAAGAAGGGCCUGACAAAGCCGCAGAAGAGGCUGGGUCCAAGUCCGUUCUGUCCAAGGACGAGAUGCUCGACUAUGGUCUACGGGAAGACCAGGAGACCCUGGCCCUGCCAGAGGACAUCAACCGACAGCAGAAAGGCAACUCAGGCCCGGAUGUAUUGGACGCGCAGAUCAAGCAGUUCAAGCUGAAAGGCCUGAGUGCUAUGCGCGUCUUCCUACGCACCCGCGGCGUCCCGGACAACAUGAAGCAGUGUCAGAUCACGCCGAAGAUGGUGAAGGAUAUGGCAGCGCAGUUGGGUGUGCGGCCACAUCCAGAUCUGUAUUGGUAUUGCAUGUUUGCGCUUCGCUAUUCUCUGGCUCCCGAAUGGGAGGUGAUUGUGAAGCAAGACACUCGCUUCUAUGUCCAUCUGCCGACGGAUCGUAUGCAGAUCGUGCACCCGAUGAUUAGGCGGUUCCGGGAGCAUCUCGAGGACACUCGACAGAACGAGUUCCUCUGGGAGUAUCGUGGGUUUGUGCAGAUGAAAUGCAGCGAGUGCGGCAUUCCAGAUGCAAUCGUCUGGUGCCAGCAGUGUACAGACUACUUCUGCGCCACUUGCUUCCUUUCAACGCACAAGACGGCACGCGGAAAGAAGCACUGGCCGUCUCCCAUCCCGGGCUGCAGGUAUCUGACGGCAUCCGAGGCCGCCCGAAUGCACGACCACUUGCCGCUGCUGAACGUCGGCUUCUCCAUGCGCCGCCGCUUCCUGGCGCGAGACAACCAGUCCGACCGGAACGGCUCCAGAAGUGGAGACACCUGGCUGUUUUUCCAUGCCGACACCUUCGAGGCAGCCUUGUUGCAAGCUCCGGAGAAGCACUGGUUUCUGAAGCGUCUGAAGCCGCCGCGACUUGCUCCCACUGCUGAAGGCUACUACUACAACUUCCGCAACGAUGUGAUUGCAGACGACCCUUCGCACAUUAUGUCGAAGGCGCACGAACAGAAAGCCAUCGCAUUGCUGCAGAAGAACAUCCGUGGUGUCAUCACGCGAAAGCGCAUCAAGCAAGAGCUGAAGGCUGCCAAGAUCAUCCAGAAGAGCAAGCGGAUGUGGGACGUGCGCAAGGCCAAGACGGACACCGCACGAAACCUGCAGCUCCUCAAAGGCUGGUACAUGCGCUACCAGGCCAACGAGCGGCAGUCCAAGAUGCUCCACCGAGUGACCCGGUUCCAAGCCGUGUGGAGAGGUUACAUGGUUCGCUGUGACCAUUACCGAAUGAUGAGGGACAUCACUCGCUUUCAGGCAAAGUGGAAGGGCACUCUCACACGGCGCCGACAUCAAGUUCUAGUGAAGGCCGGCCUGACCAUUCAGCGAUACUAUCGCGGCAGGCUUUAUGGCCGUAGGCCGAUGCGGGAGAUGAACGAGGCAGCCUCGAAGCUCCAAGCUAUGGCUCGGGGAGUCGCUCUGCGAGAUGCAGGGCGAGACAAGAAUCGUGCCGCUGCCUACGUGCAAGCCCAUUGGCGAGGGUACGAGGCGCGCAAGAUGACGGCGAGGAGAUUGAAUUCUGUCAUCAUGCUGCAGCGGAAUUGGCGAAGAUUCCAGUCACAGUUAGAUGUCAAGGUCAUCCUUUACGACAGGAUGGAGACUGUGCGGCAGCGGUUUCUGGAGCUGAUCCGAUCAAAGCUGGAGGGCUCCGCGGCUGUUUUGAUUCAGCGAAACUGGCGGCGGCACUCCGAGUACCAUAAGGUCGUCACAAUGAGGAAGACCAAGGCAGAGGCCGACAAGCGUAUCAGCACGCUUCUGACAGCCUUCUACACCGCAGCAUCAGAGAUUCGACACUACAUCCACCCGCCGGAAGCUUGGGGGCCGACGGAGAUCCAGGAGGUGCUGUCGCAAGUCAAGGCCUCCAUGCAGCGAACCAUCGGCCUAGUGCAUGUGACUGGCAAACUGGCCAACGAAGAGAUUGGCAAGCGAGGUCUGCGUGUCUCUGGGCAUGAACAUCUCUAUUACAACAGUGAUAAGCCUGAUCUGGCAUCCCAUAUGCUGCUCUCCGUCACGCGGCAUCUGCUCAACCAGAUCCCUGCAGAGACGUUCCCCCAGACCGUGGAGUGGGCCUGCUACGCCAUGGGCCAUCAAGCCGUCAAGUUUGCGCUCAGCCGCAGCUUCAUCGCCCGGGAGAUCAUCCCGGUGGGCAAAGAGAUCCCGGCGCAUCCCGGAGACUCGUUGGCGACUCUUUGGGAAACCAGUGGGACGGUCAAGCACCACCAUGACUGGCUCAUCACCCUCUCAGAGGAGAGCUUGCCAUGUUUAGUGCUGAACACGCUCCCCGCCAGCCAUCGCCACGUUUACCUGACGGCAGAGGUGUUGGUGACGAUGCGCCAGGCAUUGGAAUCGCCCACGAUCUCCACAGAGGACCAUCUGCGUUUUCAAGGCCUUGAUGCCACCGCAGGGGCCCAGAUGAUGGAGGUCCUGAGCAGCGAGCUCGACCACCGAUUGCCCCAUGAUUGGACACAGCAGCACGGAACGGUGGCAGCGCUGGCGAUCGUGCUGAGCAACCACAUGAAGGAUUUUAGUGGAGAAAAAGACAAGGAUGGAAAGCCUCUAUCGACCAAGGCCAAGGCAAAGUCAAAGUCCAAGGCAGACGCAAAGGCCAAAGGCGCCGCCAAGCGAAAUCAGGGAAGGAUGAGCACCGGACUGGAUAUCCCCAGAGAUGGUGACUCUGUGUCAGUGGCCACCACCACACCAGGGGCGUCGCCAACCGCGCCCUUUUCCACACCGUUGCCAGAAGGUGGAGCGUUGUCCCACUUCACUCGAGCCGCCACGAUGCGGGUUCUGCAGCAGGUUGGAUACUUCAUGCGGGGUCAGGAUGAAGCCAUGCAGAGUGUGCUGGCCAAAGGCUCCUCGGAUCCGGCCUCCCCGAAAGCUGGAGCAGGUAUGCGUGCAAACCGCUUCGUCUCCGUCACGGACAAAUUGUUUGAGAUGGCCGACCGAGCGAUGCACGAUCAUUGCUCCUUCGUGCUUGCAGUCGUGCUACUGCACAUGGUCCUCAGAGGGCUGCAUCUUCGUUUACUGUAUCACCGAGCUGCUGUUUCCAUCCAGCAGCGAUACCGUUACAUCAAGUUGCGGGGGCAGAAGCAGAAUGCUAUUGCACCUGCGAUGCGAAUUCAACGGCAUUGGCGUGGACUUCGCGCCGCCUUGGGCAUAAUGCGCAAGGACGACGCUGCAUGGAAGAUUCUCCGGAACUACAAGGCGUGGAAAUGGAAUCUCCGAGCUUCCAAGCUCCUCAACUCCGUACUCCGAAUUCAGAGAGCAUGGCACAGCUCAGUGCACCGGAAGUGGAUCAAGCGUUGCCACAAGGCCGCUGCCUGCAUCCAGCGCCAUGCGAGGGGCUUCGCAGUGCGGCUCAUGCUGGAUCCAGUUGGACGGCAGCUGACCGGCCAGUGCCAAGAUGAAAUCGAGGCCCUGGUCGCUGCCAGAAGUCAGAUGUCCGAGACUCGGUGGUGGGCCAAAACGGCCGUUCGGACGGCAAAGGCUCGUGUCGAGAUGGCGCGGCAUCGCCAGCGCAGUCUCGAUCGGAUCCUGAUGCAAGGUCUCGGGCCCAGGUCUGAUCAGGCCCGGCUGAUGGACAAGCAGCGGAGGCUGAGGUACAAAGGAGCUCUGCAGCCCGCCAGGGAGUCGGUCUUCGAGCCUUUCAUCUUCGCUUUGGCACGGCUAGAUGCCGUCGAGCCACGGUACGGUGCGAAGCGCUCGCCCGUCAUGCAAGAGGUAGACAAGGCUCGGAAGCACCUCAUCAGGUGGUUGCCCGCUCCUCCGCCGCCACUUCCGCACAUUGCUGCACGCCGUGGCCGCCGCGCUGUCCUGGCACGGCGCCUGGCGAAGAAGGCGAGGCACACGCAACCUGUGCCCGAGGUUGACAUGGAGGAGGAGGAAGAUGAAAGCGGACAGCUCAUUGUGCGGCAG